GAUUUUGCUGUGCGAGUGCUUGCUUAACAGACUGAUCAUUUUAUUACUCCUGGUAUAUAGCCAUAUCUGAACACGUGCAUUGUAAACACAUGCCACAUAGAGCAGAUUCAGUUUGUUUUAAUAGGUGAUUUGAGUUCACAAGCUCUUUACUGGUGUAAACAGAGCUUACAGCAGUACAUACAGUUUGUCAGUCAGCAUGCUGGGUACUUUGGUUGUUGCGUGGAUAUGCAUAUUCCUCUUAUUCCUUUUCAUUCGGAUCCGAAAGCCCAAGAACUUUCCCCCUGGACCUCAACCUCUUCCAGUAUUUGGAAAUCUACUUCAUCUGGACAUUGCCAAUCCUUUGAAAGAUUUUAAAAGAUUUGCAGAACGCUAUGGGAAGCUUUAUGGCCUGUUUUGGGGAUCAAAACCAGCAGUGGUUCUUAAUGGUUUUGAGGUUAUGAAGGAAGCUCUGCUUACUAAAGCUGUAGACUUUUCAGGACGACCUCAGGACUUUAUGAUCAAUCAUAUGACAGAGAAUAAAGGUGUUAUUUUUGCCGACUAUGGCCCUGGUUGGAAGGAACAUCGACGCUUUGCUCUCAUGACCCUGAGAAACUUUGGUCUGGGGAAGCAAACAAUGGAAGAGAGGAUUCUGGGAGAAAUCUCACAUAUAGUUGCUUGUUUGGAAGAAAAUGCUGGAAAAACGGUGAGUCCUCAGACCUGGUUCCACAACGCUGCAUCAAAUGUUAUCAGUUUGGUUCUGUUUGGAUCGCGCUUUGACUACAGUGAUGAAUUUCUCACACGCUACGUUCAACUCAGUACAGCUAUUUCAAAGAUCAUCAAUGGACCAUGGAACAUGAUAUACGACACAGUUCCUGCAUUGAGAUGCAUACCCCUACCAUUUAGAAAAGGUUUUAAAGUCGUAGAAGAGAUAAAAAAUAUGACUUCGACUUUGAUCAACAAGCACAAGAAGACAAGAGUCCCAGGAGAGCCGAGAGACUUCAUUGACUGCUAUCUGGAUGAGCUUGAUAAGAGAAGUAAUGAUGGCUCCACCUUUGAUGAAUCUCGGCUCAUCAUGUACAUUUUGGAUUUGCACUUUGCAGGGACUGAUACAACAUCUAACACCCUCCUCACUGCAUUUCUCUACCUCAUGAAUCACCCCGAAGUUCAGGCGAGAUGUCAGCGAGAGAUUGAUGAAGUUCUGGAAGGUAAAGAUCAGGCGUCGUAUGAAGACAGACACAAUAUGCCGUACACACAGGCUGUGAUUCAUGAAGUUCAGCGUGUGGCACACACCGUACCACUGAGUGUGUUUCACUGCACCACCAAAGACACAGAGCUGAUGGGUUACAACAUCCCAAAGGGAACUCUUGUUAUUCCUAAUCUAACUUCUGUACUGAAUGAAGAAGGUCAGUGGAAGUUUCCGCAUGAGUUUAAUCCAGCCAACUUCCUGAAUGAUGAGGGCCAGUUUGAGAAACCUGAAGCCUUCAUGCCAUUUUCUACCGGACCCCGUGUGUGUCUUGGUGAGGGUCUUGCUCGUAUGGAGCUCUUCCUGAUCAUCGUCACUCUGCUGCGUCGAUUCCAGUUUGUUUGGCCUGAAGAUGCCGGGGAACCAGAUUACACCCCUGUGUUUGGAGUAACACAAACACCCAAACCCUACAGAAUGCACAUCAGACUCAGAGAACCUGGCAAAUAAUAUUUAUGAUGUUUUGUUUGACUGGUCACAUAUAUUAAGGUCAACAAAAAUAAAUGUAUUACAACAGAUA